UAAAAAAUUGUUUUAAAAUUUAAAAUUGUAUAAAAAUGUCUGAGUCAAAGCUUAGCCAGUGAAGUAUAUGUGCUGAAGUGUUAAGAUGUUUGCAAGAAAAACCUAAAUUUUGUUGGCGAAGGAGCAGUGAGUUGGAGAAAUAUCUGCAGCAAAAAGAAUCUGCUCAAACUCUCAGUUUCAAACACUGGUACGGCAGUAAGCAAUAACUUCCAGCGAUAACUUCUAGCGAUAGAUAUUAACUACUAAAACCAUACGAACCCCAACAAAUCUUAUUUGUACGAAUACUUUUGGAAGGCAUUGGGGCAACUACAGAAACAACUUUCUAGAUAUUCGCACGAAUAUUAUUUUAAACUGAAAUAAAAAUUCUACACUUGCAAAAAAAGCGAGAGCUCCACUUACUACAGCACCACUCCCCUCCCACAACUCUCGCCUCACCGGAUAGCUGCUCGCAGUAGACACAUCACGUGCAUACAAUGUUUCACAUCUCCGCACAGGAGUCGAGACUAAGCAAUGCGAAUAAAAGUAAAACAACAACUAGCACAACAUCAGCAACCACAACCACAAUUACAGCAACACCACGCACGCAUGGCAGCAACUCCAGCGGCGACCGGAACGCAUGCCAAACCAUCGAUAUACGCAAGUUGGCAGCGACAGCCGCUCAAUUAGAGGCCGCCAGUAAUGGGCAGCGUAGUGCCGUGGGAACAAAAGAAGCAGCAGCAGCAGCGACAACGUUGGUGGGAGCAACGCACACAUCUACAGCGUAUAAUUGCAACAACAACGGCAGCAGCAUAUACAGAAGUGGCAGCAAAGGCAGCAACAGCAGUGGCGGCUAUGCAGCAGCAACACGAUCAAGGUUAAGAACAGCGGAGGACAACACAGCACCAAAAACACCAAAUAAUCUAACAACAAUACCGACAACAACAACAGCAACAGCCAGCGAUAACAAGAAAUUACUUAAAAUGCAUUCCAACGCGACGCCGACCACGGAGAACGUUAACGCCGGCAGCAGCAGCAAUAGCAAUGCUGGCGGCGCAGUUGUGCUGAAUAUUGGCAACGCCGCGGAGCCGUUGCAGCGCCACGGCAGCGCGCAUAGCAAAUGCAGUACGGGCAGUGGCGGUGGCCAGCCGCGCAUCGCACGUGGCAGUGGGAGCGCACGCAGCCGCAAUAAGCAGAGAAAAACUAGUUCCUCAAGUGCCAAGGGUGCUGGCGGUGAAAGCACAACAAAAACUACAACAACAACUAACAACAAUCCUACUAGCAAUAAGUUAAGCGCCGGCAAUGCCGAACGCGGCACGCCGCCCCCACCAUAUACAAGUCAGGCGCCUGCCAACGCGCGCAACUCAGUACAACGCUCGAGUAGCAAGCGCAGCACAACCAAAGCGGCUAAUCAGCAGCAGCAGUCACAAAAUAGUGGCGCGUCUGCACGCACAGCGCAACAAACUCGCGACGCGCGCCAAUCGCAAUCUUCAUCGUCGCGCGAACACUCACGUUCACGUUCGCGCUCGCGCUCGCGUUCACAACAACGCAGUGAUGAGGAGCGUGACGCCGCAGCAGCUGGUGCCGCUGCUAGGCAACGCCGUCGUCAUGGCAGUCGUAACUCGUUGGCGAGCAUGGAGCGUGAGCGCACCGCGGAGCGCAGUAAGAAGCGCAUUGAUGAGCACGCAGAUGAUGACUCCUAUACGUCAUCGUCCGGCGUGAGCUGCAAUGGAUCGUGCAGUUCGGAUGAUGGCGAUUCGAAUAGUACGACAUCGAGCGGCGAGCCGAAUUUGCCAUAUCCGGGUUUUCCGGAGAUCUCUUUUCUUAUAUUAUCGCAGGACUCGAGGCUGCGCAACUGGUGUCUACGGCUCAUCACUAAUCCAUAUCCUUUUCAAUCAAAAAAAAAAAAAACCAAAAAAUUACGGAAUAUAAUUUGUUUUCAGCAAACAUUUUUUAGUGCGGCUUUGAACAGUAAGUAA